CAGGAAUAUACGAAUACCCGGAAUUAUCCGUGAAACUGGUCAUGGGAUCUGCCCUUGUACGUAUGUAUGUCGUGGUGGCCAACGCCGACGGGGACGAUUGGACCACAGUUGGAGAAAUUUUUCAAAGCCCUCUCGGAUAUCAACCUAGGGGUACUUUGGGCACCAAAUGGGAUGGAAGACUGGCUAACGGGACCUUGGUCGGGCCAGGUAGAUACAAGAUUAUGACGUGGCCGAGACGGUGGCCUUUAGCGUAGCGUAUGCUCCCUAACAACCGUGCUGGCAGCAGCGUUACCGCAAGUGCAAUCAAGUCAAGUUUGACACCCGUACCUAUCAACUUGUUGAUAAUUCUUCUGAGGCUUGAUUAUCGCCUUACUGGAAAGUAUAGUGACAGACCGAAAAUCGUACCAUUGUGCUAUAUACAAAAGAGAGAUUCCCC